CCCCUCCCGUUCCUCCCCCGCCCCUUUUUCCCUCUCCCUCCUUUGUGUUCCUUUCUCCUCCCCCCCCCCACCUCUUCGGUCUUUUCCUCCCUCUCCACAUCGAUAUCCCCGGUUAAUCGCCGAGUCCGGGACCCGUUUGUCCCUGUGCCCCUCCUGUUCGAUCAGCUAUGAAGGCAUUGAACCCCGCUGAUCGCGAGCGCAAGCGGCAGGCCGACCGAGAGAAGGCCAAGAAUCGCGACCGUCGUAAGAAGGAUGCCGUCAUCAAGAAGCAUCGUGACGAGGUGCAGGAUCUCCGGCGUGAGAUUGAGCUCUGGCAGCGGAACAACAAGAGCAGCCCCAAUUAUGAGGAGCAUCUGCGCACCCUGCGACUGCAACUGCACGAGCUCGUAGAUGCCAAGAAGAAGGAGGGUAUUGAUCUGGACCGUUUUGGAAAUCACAUCUCCGCGGUCAAGAUCAACUGGACGCACAAGACCGACUCGUCGAUCCUCAAUGCGCAGGAGGCCCAGCGCGCUCGCCGGCACCAGGCCCAUGCUCGCGGCGUCGAGACCAUCAGCGCCUGGGCAGACGAUGCGUCGCAGCUGGACCGGUCAUCCUCCGAUUCGGACAAUGACGGUGGGGAGGAGGACCUGCCGCCGAUGCCUUCCAUGCCGCCUGACAACGGGGAGGACGACCUGCCGCCGAUGCCUGCCGGGCCGGCGCUUCCCCAUGGCGCCGGCUUGGCGCCACCCAAUCUGCCGGGGUUCCCUCCUCCCUCGGGCCCGGGGAUGGCCGGUAUGCCGCCGCCGCCGCCGCCGCAAAUGCCUCCCUGGAAUCCGGCCCUGCCGUAUGGCCUGGCGCCGGCCGGCGGUGGUCCCCUGCCGCCGCCCUUCCCGCCCUUCCCUCCGGCCGGCCCCCCGCCCAUGGCCGCCGGCGGGCCGCCAGUUCCGCAAAUGCCCCCCCCUGGCGUGGGAGGAGGCUACUACCAGCCGCCGAUGUCGGGCCCCCCUGCGCCGGUGGCGAUGGCCCCGCUGCCACUGCCCGUCCCGGCGCCCGGUUCGUCUGUGGCAGCGGCGCCCCUGCGCGUGCCUCCUCGGCCCGGGUCCGCCCCAUCGGUUGUUGCCUCUUCGGCCCCCGUGCCAAAGGCCCGGACGCAAGUUACCGGCCUCGUCCCGGCAAAUGUGAUGGCCAUGCGCCGCGCAGGCGGCGUUGUCCCCCCGGCCAAGAGAACCGCCGCACAGAAGGCCAUGAUUGCCAACCUGAAGACGACGAUGGCCCGGCAGGCGCCAGCGCCCAGCCCGACGGCAAGUGCUCAGCCGACCGACACCGACGCCACGGCCAAGCCGACCACCGUGUCCCAGGAGGAUGAGGCCACCUACGAGGACUUCAUGGCCGAGAUGGCCGGGUUAAUCUGACGCGCCGAUAUGCGCGGCCAGCACCUGCUCCUGUCUCUGGCCAGCGCCCGCCGCCGGGAGGCUUUCCUGGUGCGAAGACUGGCCAUCUCCCUUCCGAACAAAAACGUGCAAAUAGACAAAAAAAAUCUACUCUA